CCGCAUGACGUCAUAUAUGUGACAAUCUGAGGAUUUGCUACUGUAUCACCGCAAACAAUGUAGCGUAGUGUCGGCCCGCGAUCUCCGCACUGCCUGGGCUCCAGACUGCAGUCAGUGAAAUCAGAUCGGUCUCCCCGAAAGGACACGACCUGCUGCCGCCUGUGUAGGGCACAUUACACAGCAGCACAUCUCCCAGCAUGACUGGCUGAAUGGUGGAGCAGCACCGGCGGCAGCUGAGGGAGGGCGUGGGCUGCUGGAUGUCUGUCUGCAUGGCUAUUUCUGGAAGCUGCUGAUGCCCUGGAAGCUCCCUCGGAGGAGAAAGAUUCAUGAAUACAGAGAGCUGGGUUUGGUCUGGCUGGAUAUUCCUCCAGAAUAUUACAAGGAUGGGUAAAGACUUCCGCUAUUAUUUCCAGCACCCAUGGUCACGUAUAGUUAUCGCUUACUUGGUGACAUUCUUUAAUUUUUUAAUAUUUGCCGAGGAUCCUGUUUCUCAUAGCCAGACAGAAGCCAAUGUCAUAGUUGUUGGAAACUGUUUUUCUUUUAUAAUGACUAAAUACCCGGGAGGAGCUUGGAACUUUUUGAAAGUCAUCCUUUGGCUUGUUGCCAUCGUAGUGGGACUUGUGGCUGGGAAGUUCCUGUUUCACCGACGUUUGUUUGGUCACUUACUACGGCUGAAGGUGUUUAGGGAUGAUCAUGGUUCAUGGAUGACCAUGUUUUUUAGCACAAUACUUUUCCUCUUCAUCUUCUCCCAUAUCUACAAUCUUUGUCUUCUUAUAGCAGGAAACAUGAGUCCAUACAUUAUAACUGAAUACAUGGGCAUCAGGAAUGAAAGUUUUAUGAAGGUUGCAGCAGUUGGCACAUGGAUGGGGGACUUUGUCACAGCCUGGAUGGUUACUGACAUGAUGCUUCAGGACAAGCAGUACCCAGAUUGGGGUAAAUCUGCACGUGCCUUCUGGAGAAGGGGAAAUAUUCGGAUAAUCUUGUUCUGGACUGUUUUGUUCAGCCUGACCUCUGUGGCGGUUGUAAUCAUUACUACUGACUGGAUAAGCUGGGACAAGCUAAAUCGUGGAUUUUUGCCCAGUGAUGAGGUCUCAAGAGCUUUUUUGGCUUCAUUUAUUUUGGUGUUUGACCUUCUUAUCGUUAUGCAGGAUUGGGAAUUUCCUCAUUUUAUGGGUGAUGUUGACGUCAAUCUGCCUGGUUUACCUACUGCUCACAUGCAGUUCAAGCUGCCACACUUUCAACGAAUAUUUAAAGAAGAGUACCAUAUACAUAUUACCGGUAAAUGGUUUAACUAUGGAAUUAUCUUUCUUGUGUUGAUCCUUGAUCUUAACAUGUGGAAGAAUCAAAUCUUUUACAAGCCAUCUGCUUAUGGCCAGUAUUUAGGCCCAGGGAAGAAGAUAUAUACAGUGGAAGAUACUGAGAGUUUACAGAAUCUAAAUCAGACCACUUUAUCCUGGGAGUGGAGGUCCAACAACACAGACCCAUAUACUAAUAGAAGCUACGUUGAUGGAGACAUGUUCUUACACAGCAGGUUUAUUGGAGCAAGCCUGAAUGUGAAAUGUUUGGCGUUCAUUCCAAGUCUUAUGGCCUUUGUGUUAUUUGGUUUCUUUAUAUCAUUCUUUGGGCGAUUUCAGAAAAGUGAACAAGGUAUGGAGAAUAAAGAUAAAUCGUAUAAACGCAUCAACAGAAAAUCUCCUUCUGAGCACAGCAAGGAGAUGGGAAUGACCAUAGAGAACCUUCAAGCUGUUGUAGAGGAACCCUUGUGUCUACAUGAUCCAACACUUACAUCGACAAGGACAAAGGAAAGUGAAAUUGUGUGUUACUCUCCUACUGCCUCAGAACAUCUUGCACAACCUAUUUCAGAUAUUGUUGCAUAUGAGGAUCCAGUGAAUUAACCAUACUACAAGCAACCAUGGCAAUAAUGUAUAAUUCUAAGUUGUUAGAUUUAACUUUUAUAAUGUUCAUGUGAAUAAUGGGACUGAUACAAAGUUGAAUGCAGGUCCGUUAGCAAAACGUAAUUUGCGCCUUUUUCAGUGCGUAUGGACUACUGGCUAUGAUAAGUCUUACACAGUCCAGUAACAUUCCCAUUACUGCCUUAAGGGCCAUUAUGGGUUGUAAUGGGGUGUUUGGGCAUAGGCAAAGUUAAUAUUGACAGAAUUGUUGCAUAUGUCUAAAUGUUCAAGUUUGCAGACAUAUCUUUUGUGCUAAAGUUAUGGCUGGGGCAACUGUAACUGAGGCUGUAUACAUACUGUGGCACAGCAAAAAUAUCAUUAAUUGCGGGUUAUUGCAUCGCCAGGGGCUAUUCAAUUAAUCCCGAUAAACCGGUGUGUGCCGCGGGUUAUCAGGGAUUUAUUUUACCUGCCUUAGGCAGGCGAAGCAAAAUCCCAGAAAACAGCCCUGUUUUUGUCAGAAAAUGUACUUUUUUUUUCGGGUGACCUUAUUAGAUAGCCCCUCAAAAAAUCGAAGAAACAUCUGAGUUUUUUGCUCCCAAUGUUACUUCGCGGGUAAUUGAAUACCGGCCUUAGUCACACACAGAUAUACAAGUGUCACAUGUCAAAUAAAUCCGCAUAGUCUCCUGGGGUGUGGUAUUGAAAGUCGACAGUA